AUGUGGAUAGGCCAUCAUACGCAGCGCCCAAAGCAGUUGAGAUCGCGACUUCGAGCGGAACAGACGUUCCAUCAGCAGAGAUUCUUGUCGUGCGCCCUUGGAACUGGUUUCAAUUGGAAAAUGCUGCUGAUACGAGUAUCACUUAUGCUGAUGGCUUUUGGCCUGGCCCAAACGCUGCCCAUCGAGGAGGCCGAAACGCCGCCAACCGGCGAGGUGCCCGAUGCAGGACAAGUGGUUUUCGAUCAGCGACAGACGGGCAAAUUCAACAUCCAUGUCAGCAUCAAGGAUGUGGCCAUCAUCGAGGUGGGCCAGAAUGGACUGGCCGAGGAGACGUAUAACGAUGAGGAGGAUUACUACUACGAUGACAGUGCGUUGACCGUCAAACCGAUCAGGCUAACCACAGGCUCCACCAGCAGCACCACCACAGCGAGCACCACAUCGGCCACACUGCCAGAGAGUACUGUAUCGACAGUGGCCACUAACACCGAAGCCACCGAACAUGCAACAAGUAGCACAUCGAAGCCCAAGUCCAGGCUGAACAAUCUGAUGAUUGUGGAGACGCCAAUCGGUGGACUACCCAAGCCGCUGCACCACCAACUUCAUGCUCGAUCCAAGCAUAUGCCCAAUUUGGCAACUGCCUCCAUUACGCCACCCACUUUGCGCGAGGGCAUUGAGUACACGCCCACCAAAGGUCACAACUCGCCCAUUUACAAGGUCAAAGUUCAACGAUCUUCGAUGCCGGCGAGCAAGAAACCCGCGCGCUGCCGAAAUCAUGUGAUGGGCAAGUGCAUCGACUCGAUCUCCGCCAAGCUGUUCGACCUUGUCGUGGGGAUGAAUUUUCCGUUUUUGGCAGCCGCGAAUGCCGCCGAAAAAGCUGAGAAAGUGAUGACUUAA